UAUAAAUCCACACCACAGAGCCCCGUGCUCCGUCCGUGUCACCGCCAUGGGACAGAGCUGCUCCUUCCUCCUGCUCCUCUUCCUCCUGUGCCCGUGGCUCAGAGCCACCGUGGCGCUCCUGCAGUACCGCCACGACUGCGGAGAGUUGGGAAUGCAGCUCCUGGUCUUCCCGCCCCACGGCCGCACCGUCCGCUUCAAGGUUCUGGACGAGUUUGGCUCCCGCUUUGACGUGGCCAACUGCUCCAUCUGCCUCCACUGGCUGAAUUCCAGGGAGGACGGCUCUGUCAUCUUCUCCUCUGGCUACAAGGGCUGCCACGUCCUGUUCAAGGAGAACCGCUACGUCCUGCGGGUGCAGCUGGAGGAGCUGCUGUCCAGCGGGAUCCCCGUCACCUCCUACGAGGUCAACAUGACCUGCCCCAAGCCGGGCGGCUCUGAGAUGCUCCCAGAUGGAAUCCAGGAGAAGAGCCGGGACAGCGGAGUCCUGAUCUCCCACACCGGCCUGCACCAGGUCUCGGAGUCCUCCCUCACCCUUACGGGAUCCCACUUCACAUCCCAAGAUCACCUGGAGCAGGUUCACACCGUGGGACAGUACCAGCCCAGCUCAGUGCUUCCCGGGAUCCAGCACCAUUCCGGUCCAGCCCACUCGGGGCUUCUGUCCCAGCCUAGUGGGGUUCAUCCUGUCACCCAAAUCCAGGGAAGUUUCUUCCGCCCGGCAGUGCAGCCCUCCCAGUCUGGGGGGCAAAGCCAGCCAGGGAUGCUUCGCCCCGUGCUUGUAUCCCAAAACCAUCCCAGUUUGGCACAUCAGGGGGGUCAGACCCAGCCGGGGCACCUGCGUCCAGGGUCUGUAUCCCACAACCAGCCUGGGAUGAUGCAUUCUGUGGGUCAAAAUCCACCCGGGAUUCGCCCAGGGUCUGUAUCCCACAACCAGCCCGGCAUGGCGCAUUCUGUGGGUCAAAAUCCACCCGGGAUUCGCCCAGGAUCUGCAUCCCACAAUCAGCCCGGCAUGGCGCAUCAUGGGGGUCAAAACCAACCAGGGAUUCGCCCAGGAUCUGUAUCCCACAACCAGCCUGGGAUGAUUCAUUCUGUGGGUCAAAAUCCACCCGGGAUUCGCCCAGGGUCUGUAUCCCACAACCAGCCUGGGAUGGUGCAUUCUGUGGGUCAAAAUCCACACGGGAUUCGCCCGGGGUCUGCAUCCCACAACCAGCCCGGCAUGGUGCAUUCUUUGGGUCAAAACCAACCAGGGAUUCGCCCAGGAUCUGUAUCCCACAACCAGCCUGGGAUGGUGCAUCAUGGGGGUCAAAACCCACCAGGGAUUCGCCCGGGGUCUGCAUCCCACAGCCAGCCUGGCUUGACCUCCACUGGUGCCCAGACUCCAGCAGGAUUCCUGCGCCCGGGAGCUCAGCCCCUAAACCAGCCAGGAAUAUCUCGUCCCAGUCAUCACUCCAACUCCCAAACCGGGCUCCCAGGCCACACUGGGCUCCAUCCCGGCCAUCCCAGCCCGGCUUUGGUGCACCCAGGACUCUCAUCCUGGCCAGGUUUCAUCAGCUCUGGACUCCAGGCUGAGCCCCAGCCGGGCCUGGGACGCCCUGGGCUGCAGCCCCAGCCCGGAUUGCUGCGUCCUGGGAUUCACUCCCAGCCCAGCCUGCUGCAGUCCACAGAGUUCUUCCCCUCACCAGGGGCAGGAAUGCAGCUGACGCGGGAGCAGUGCCAGGUGCCGGUGGGCCGGAUGCCCUGCGUGGCUCCACAGGGACGGGAUGCAUGCCUGCAGGCGGGAUGCUGCUACGACGACAUGGACCGUACCACGCCCUGCUAUUAUGGGAAUACCGCCACCGUGCAGUGCCUGCUGGAGGGACACUUCGUCCUGGUGGUCCCGCGGGGAAUGGUGACCCUGCCGUACAACCUGGAGAGCGUGCGGCUGGCCAGCAGCCAGGCGGGGUGUGAGCCCCGCCACGUGUCCGAGGCCUUCGUCAUGUUCCGCUUCCCGGUCACCCACUGCGGCACCACCGUCCAGGUGAUCGAGGACAUGCUGGUCUAUGAGAACCAGCUGAUCUCCACCAUCGAUGUCCAGGGAUCCCCCCGUGGCUCCGUCACUCGGGACAGCGUCUACAUUCUCCGAGCUCGCUGCAUCUACAACUCCAGCGACCUCCUUCCCUUGGGAGUGGAGGUGGCCGUGCCCCCCACAGCCGCCCCCCUGGCCAUGCUGGGCCCGCUGGGGCUCCAGCUGCGGAUUGCCACCGACGAAUCCUACAGCUCCUACCAUGCUGUGGGUGACUUCCCCCUGGUGAGGGUGCUCCGGGACCCCAUCUACGUGGAAGUCCGGCUGCUCCAGAAGACGGAUCCCAACUUGGUGCUGGUGCUGCACCACUGCUGGGCCUCCCCUGGCCCCCACGCCACAUCCCAGCCCCAGUGGCCCAUCCUGGUGGAAGGGUGUCCCUUCCAAGGGGACAACUACAGGACACGGCUGAUUCCAGUGGGUCCGGCCUCUCCGGAGCUGCCCUUCCCCAGUCACUACCAGCGCUUUGUCAUCUCCACCUUCGCCUUCGUGGAGCCCCCCGGAAUGGCUGUGCUGGAGGGGGAGGUGUACAUCUCCUGCAGCGCCUCCGUGUGCCACCUGGCCCAGCCAGAGCCCUGCCGGCCCUCCUGCCAGCUGGGAGUGCCCUCACGAGUGCGGAGGUCUCCGGGGGACAGGAGGACAGGUGACAGCAUGGGGACAGUCACAUCCCAGGGAUGCCUCGUCUUUCCUGAGGUUCCCAAGAGAGGGGGAUCUCAGCAGAGAGGCUGAGGGCUCCAGCCUCUACCCGGAUGCUGCGGGAUGUCUCUGGCAAAGCUGGAAAAAUAAAAC